UCGCGCACGGCACAAGUUGCCCCAAACAGCAGCAGCGGCAGCAGCCAGGCACACGGCUAAAAGUUUCUCCACAGGAAUGGAUAAGUUCCAGAAGAACGCAUUUCUGUCCCAUCUCACUUCCACGACUCUCACAACCACCGGGGAUUGGAUAUAAGGAUCGGAACGCGGCAGAUUUGGGAUCUUUUUGCGUUUUGGGGGGCUGCUUUCUCACUUUGGAUUGUUAGUUUUUGCGCUUCAUCUGAAGAGAGAGAGGGGUGUUCUCUCUGGUGUGGACUGAGGAAAAAAUGCGUGCCUUUACGCAGCCUCGCAGUGUGGCGAGCUUGUCCGUGGUCCUGGUGCUGUUUCUGUGGCUGGAGCGUGGAUCCGGCUCAGGGACGUGUCCCCCUCCCUGUGUGUGUUUUGGGGAGCUAGUGGACUGCAGUCGGCUGAGGAAAGGCCAAAUUCCAGACGCGAUCCCGGACUGGACGGUCCAACUGGAUCUGAGCCAUAACAAAUUGCAGGUGCUUGACAGCUCUUUGUUUUCCAACCUACAACAUCUAAGUGAAAUGAAGCUGAACCACAACGAACUGGAAGCGAUACCAGAUUUGGGCCCUUAUGCUUCAAACAUCACAACACUCAUUCUAGCAAACAACAGGAUCACCAGGAUCUCCGAGAAGCAACUCAGGCCUUUUCUGGCCCUGGAAACGCUCGACCUCAGCAACAACAACAUUGUGGAAAUAAAGGCCAACUCCUUCCCCGCUCUGCCGCUCAAGAACAUGUUCCUCAACAACAAUCGAAUCUCGUCUCUGGAGACCGGCUGCUUCACCAACCUGUCCGACACGCUGCAGGUUCUUCGACUCAACCGUAACCGUCUGUCCACCAUCCCACCCAAGAUCUUCCAGCUGCCCAACCUCCAGCAUCUGGAGUUGAGCAGAAACCGGGUUCGCAGGAUUGAAGGCCUCACAUUCCACGGUCUUCACGCUCUCCACUCCCUGAAGAUGCAGAGAAACGGACUCAGCCGCCUGAUGGACGGAGCUUUCUGGGGCCUCAGCAACAUGGAAGUCCUGCAGCUGGACUACAACAACCUGACGGAGGUGAGUAAGGGCUGGCUGUACGGCCUGCUGACUCUGCAGCAGCUCCACCUCGGCCACAACGCCAUCAGCAGGAUCCGACCCGAUGCCUGGGAGUUCUGCCAGAAACUCAGCGAGCUCAACCUCUUCUCCAAUCAUCUCUCCAGACUGGAGGAAUCCAGCUUCGUUGGUCUCAGUCUGCUGGACGAACUCCACAUCGGAAACAAUCAUGUGAGCUUCAUCGCAGAUGGAGCUUUUCGUGGCCUUUCCAACCUGGAGAUGCUGGAUCUCCAAAAUAAUGAAAUCUCUUGGACCAUUGAAGACAUGAAUGGACCUUUUUCUGCUCUGGACAAGCUGAAAAGACUAUUUCUGCAGGGGAACCAGAUCCGCUCGGUGACCAAGAAGUCUUUCUCAGGCCUGGACGCACUGCAGCACCUAGAUUUAAGCAAUAACGCCAUCAUGUCCAUCCAAGCGAACGCCUUCUCUCAGAUGAAGAACCUGCAGGAGCUGCGUCUGAACACCUCCAGCCUCCUGUGCGACUGCCAGCUGAAGUGGCUUCCAGUCUGGGUGGCAGAACAAACCUUCCUGCCCUGCGUCAAUGCCAGCUGCGCCCACCCACAAAUGCUGAAGGGCAGGAGCGUGUUCGCCAUAAGCCAGGAGGAUUUUGUGUGUGAUGACUUCCCAAAGCCCCAGAUCACUGUGCAGCCUGAGACCCAGACGGCCCUCAAGGGCACCAACGUUACGUUUGUGUGCUCUGCGGCCAGCUCCAGUGACUCGCCCAUGACCUUCGCCUGGAAAAAAGACAACGAGGUCCUGAAUGACGUAGAGAUCCACAACCAGGCCCACCUCCGGGUUCAGGGAGGCACUGGAGGCGAGACGGAGGUGACAGAAUAUACGACCACGCUGCAGCUUCAAAACGUUGAGUUCUCCAGUGAGGGGAAGUACCAGUGUGUCAUCUCCAACCACUUUGGAUCUUCAUACUCAACCAAGGCCAGGCUCACUGUCAACAUGCUGCCUUCCUUCACUAAGAUACCCAUGGACUUGAGUAUCCGAGCCGGAGCCACGGCAAGGCUGGAAUGUGCCGCUGUUGGUCAUCCUUCCCCUCAGAUUGCCUGGCAGAAAGACGGAGGCACCGACUUCCCUGCUGCUCGUGAGCGCCGCAUGCAUGUGAUGCCAGAGGACGACGUCUUUUUCAUAGUGGAUGUCAAGACCGAAGACAUUGGUGUUUAUAGCUGCACUGCUCAGAACACAGCUGGAGCUAUUUUGGCUAAUGCUACGCUAACUGUUCUAGAAACACCUUCCUUUUUGCGUCCCCUCAUGGAUCGUACUGUGGCCAAAGGUGAAACCGCUGUCCUCCAGUGCAUUGCAGGCGGCAGCCCUCCCCCGAGGCUGAACUGGACCAAAGACGACAGCCCAUUGGUGGUGACCGAGCGGCACUUCUUUGCAGCUGCCAACCAGCUCCUCAUCAUUGUUGACGCCGCAGAGGCAGACGCUGGGAAGUACACUUGCGAGAUGUCUAAUGCGUUAGGCACCGAGAGGGGCAAUGUUCGGCUGGCAGUCAUACCGAAUCCCAACUGUGACUCUGGAGUGCAGCAGGGUGGCGUUGGGCUUGGAAUUGUGAGUGGCGCAGGAUCUGAAGAUGAUGGGUGGACCACAAUGGGUAUCGUCAUCAUAGUGGUGGUGUGCUGUGUGGUUGGUACUUCCCUGGUUUGGGUGGUCAUCAUCUACCACACCCGUCGACGGAAUGAGGACUGCAGUGUCACCAAUACAGAUGAGACCAACCUGCCUGCCGACAUCCCCAGCUACCUGUCCUCUCAGGGUACUCUUGCCGACCGACAGGAUGGCUACAUCCCAUCUGAGAGUGGCAGCAGCCAUCAGUAUAUGGCAUCGUCAAUGAGCGGCUUUUACCUCCAGCCUAAAGACAUGAAUGGUCUUUGUCAACUGGAUACAGGAAGUGAAGCAGACUUGGAAGCGACUAUAGAUCCUCUGCUGUGCCAUUAUCAAGGUCCAAUUGGGUCACUGCUAUGCCGAGAUAACAUGUACUCCACUGACCCAUCAGAGGUUUUCACAGGUUGUUCCAUUGACCAGAAGCCUGUUUACAUCGACUCCUACAGCGGCAGCCUGAGCAACCCUAAAAGGAGGGAUUACUUUUUGUCUGAGCACUUCGACCUCUGCUCAUCUACUGUCCUGAUGCAGCUUCCCAGUGCCAGUCUGCAUCAUGGUCCCUCUCACCAGCAGGGCGACCGCCGUCCAUCCAUGGAGGAGGGAGAUGUGGUCGAUUACGGGAGACCUCAUGAGUGUCUUUCGCCCUGCAACACCUUCAUGGGAACAUUUGGGAAAGCUCCUUGGAGGCCUCACCAGGAUCUUUACCCAGGGUUCAGCCCACCAUCUGUGACUCAUAAAGAAAUAACUCUGCAUGAGAACCCUUACGCUGCUCCAGAUGCAGAUUCAGACCACGAGGACGUCGGUGUCGACAAGGACUCUUCAUCAGAGCAAAGUGUAUAUGAACAUCCAUUAGACAACAGUCGGACUGAUCCAAUGACACAAUGCAGAACGAGCACUUAACCAAGUGACUGAGCUCCUGUCUGCUCUUGUUUUUCAUGAAGAGGACGACCAAAACAAUGAACCUUUCUACCUCACUGAAUGGACACUUUUGCAAUAACGGACUCCUCAAAUGUGCAACGAGUGAAUGUAAAAGACAAUUUGAUUUUCAUGUAGAAACAGAAAGGAGAAUAUUAGCAGGAGAAUGCAGCUUCAGUUAAAUAAUACAGAUGAAUAUAUACAUUUUUUAUAUAAAGUUUAUUAUAUUUUGUAAAUUGUAUAUAAACAGAUUUCAUUAUUUUUGCUUACAUUUUGUGUAUGAGUAUUUUGCAGCCUAUUCAGUUCUUCCAGCUUUGAAUGAAGCAAUGUUUUGCACAUGUGUAAACAAUAAACAAAAAACACCUUAA